AGUUCGCCGGCUCCUUCUACUUCGCCAUCACCGUCAUCACCACCAUCGGAUACGGCCACGCCGCGCCGGGCACGGACUCGGGCAAGGUCUUCUGCAUGUUCUAUGCGCUCUUGGGCAUUCCCCUGACGCUGGUCACCUUCCAGAGCCUGGGUGAGCGACUGAACGCUCUGGUGCGGCGCCUCCUGCUGGCCGCCAAGCGCUGCCUGGGCCUGCGGCGGCCGCGCGUGUCCACCGAGAACAUGGUGGUGGCUGGGCUGCUGGUGUGCGCCGCCACCCUGGCCCUCGGGGCCGCCGCCUUCGCGCAUUUCGAGGGCUGGACCUUCUUCCACGCUUACUACUACUGCUUCAUCACCCUCACCACCAUCGGCUUUGGGGACUUCGUGGCACUGCAGAGCGACGAGGCGCUGCAGAGGAAGCCGCCCUAUGUGGUCUUCAGUUUCCUCUACAUCCUGCUCGGCCUCACGGUCAUCGGCGCCUUCCUCAACCUAGCCGCCGGCACCGACGCGCCGGAGCGCGCAGCUCGCCGCGCCAGCCCGCUCCGCCUGGGGGCGCCCGAGAGCCGCGCCCCCGCCAGGGCCCACGGUCCGGCCGUUCCCUGGGGCUCCACCUCCAUCUCCUACCGCAUCCACCAGCUGGAGAAGUGGGCUCGCGACAAUCUGGGCUUCUCGCCCCCCUCCAGCCCUGAGGCCCUGGUCCUGCACACCCUUCUUCAGCUGGCCUGGGCUGUCUCCCUGGCAACCCUCUCCCUCAAAGCAGGCCAGAAGACACUGAGCCAGGGAGCUGGACCUGCAGGCGGUGAGGUCCUGGCAUUGCUGGGAGCAAUGGUCUCCUGCUGCCUGAAGGAGGCACAGUGGAGCCCCUGGUUCUGCCCCCAUCGCUCACUUGCAGAGGGCUCCUGGGGGUCCUUUGGGAGCCCUGCCUCCUCCUGCCCCAGCCUUGACCACCUGGAUGAAAGGGGCUGCCAUCUCCCCUUCCCAGGGCAGGGCAAGAAGCUCCAUGGACGUGAUGUUAACUGGACCAGAACUUUAAAGGAUGCCUAG